AUGGAUUUGGGUAUGGUUUCAAAGGACACCAACUGGUGGUUGUUUACACUACCAGCGUUUCUCGGAUCCAAAAACAUUCUAGAUGAAUAUCUGAUAUUAACUCUCCUAGUAAUCUGUGUCUUCCUCACCCUUUUGACAUGGGCCUUUUCCGUCGGCGGCGUAGCAUGGAAAAACGGAAGGAACCGAAACGGCACCGUUCCGAUUCCCGGAACUCGUGGUCUACCCAUCGUCGGAAGCCUAUUUACCCUCAGCCGUGGCUUGGCACACCGCUCCCUCGCCGAGAUGGCGUUGAAGUCCGGCGCCACCCAGCUCAUGGCUUUCAGCCUCGGCUCCACCCCGGUGGUUGUGGCUUCCGACCCACACACCGCCCGAGAGAUUUUGACUUCGCCGUACUUCGCCGACCGUCCGAUCAAGCAGUCCGCUAAAAGCCUCAUGUUCGGCCGAGCCAUUGGCUUCGCGCCGAACGGGGCUUACUGGCGGCACCUGAGACGAAUCGCUUCCUCUCACCUCUUCGCACCCCGGCGCAUUGCAGCCCACGAAGCGGGACGCCAGCUAGACUGCGCCGCUAUGUUGUGCGACAUAGCACACGAACAGUCACUUCAUGGAGUUGUCUCUUUGAGAAAGCAUUUACAAUCGGCGGCGCUGAGCAAUAUAAUGGGCAGUGUUUUUGGCAAACAUUACGACCCUGCGCAGGAUAGCGAGGAGCUCCAAGAGCUCAAGGACAUGGUCAGAGAAGGGUUUGAACUCUUGGGUGCUUUUAACUGGUCUGAUUAUCUUCCAUGGCUUAAUUAUCUUUACGACCCAUUUCGUAUAGUUCAGCGAUGUGAACUUCUCGUGCCCCGAGUAAGAAAACUAGUCAAAAACAUCAUUGAAGAACACAAAUCCAGUGAGUCAAUGGUCUCUGAUAAUGCCGAUUUUGUUGAUGUCUUGCUUUCUUUGGAUGGUGAUGAGAAGCUCGAAGAAAAUGAUAUGGUUGCUGUCUUGUGG